UCAUUUCAAUAUUUCUUCUAUCUAUUAAUCAAUUGUUGAUAACUUCGGUAUUAAAGGUACUUACCUAGCUGUCAGUUAUCUAGAUACUCCUAUAUAUUCAAAAGCGAAACUCUGAUUUGUUAUUUUCCUCAGUAGCCGCAUGUGUGACACACGUGAACGAAUAGUGCAGGUGUAAAUAAAGAAACAAUUUAAUUAUUAUCACUGUGUACCUUAAAUUCUUUGAGUCCUUCGGGUGAAUUUCAAAAUUCAAAUCAAUGUAAGUACAAUCUCAUAGUGUUGACUAAAUUCACUUUAUUGUAUCAAGCUAUCAAGAUUUAAGUGAUUACGGAUACCGAUUAAUGUAACAACUUACAAGUUUCAAAGAACUUUAUCUACGUAGAUAUACCUAAUGACUGAAAUAAAUAAACAAGAAUUUGCAAAUGCAAUGUUCGGGUCUCAAGGACCCUGGCAAUGCCCGGAGUUCCCUGUUGUGGAAGCAGGAGAUGAUCACACAGUUCUGUACGAGAUACCUAGCGACGGGGCACAGGGGUCGUACAGACCCACGGUAGGCGAGGACAAGUGGGACUUGGAUCAUGUCAAAAUGCCGUGCUCGGAUCAUAAUUUGUAUUUUAUAGACGAUAAAGAAGGCAAUGUUGGCAAGAGAUGGGAUUUGAUAGUGGAAUCACUUUCGAAACCGAUGCAUAACAGCAAAGAUAUGAUGGAUGCAGUAUUGACUUAUCAGGCCCAAUUCAAGGGAAUUUGGACUUUUAAGGCGUUGCAUAAGUUUUUCAAUGAGUAUUUGGACGAGUCUGAAAGUAAGAAGUUUUUUGAAGAAACGCUACCCGAAGUGGCGAAAAUAGCUUUGACUUUGCCAGACUUAGUAAAAUCCCCCAUACCGAUGUUAAAAAAGGGCCAAAACAAAUCGGUGUCACUAACGCAAUGGCAGCUCGCUAGUUUGCUGGCCAACGCAUUUUUCUGCACAUUCCCUGAGAGAAACAACAAACGAAGUGAAUCGGAUUAUAGAACAUAUCCACCUGCGAAUUUUAACUCCUUAUAUGACAGCGGUGGCCCAAAAGUGAUGGAAAAGUUGAAAUGCAUUUGUCAUUACUUCUCCAGGAUUUGUAAAGAGCAACCGACUGGGGUGGUGACAUUUUCUCGUCGCCACAUAUCCGCAGAGGAUUGUCCCGAUUGGUCGAACUGUUCAUUGCCAAUAUCAACAGUUCCUCUAUUUGUGGAUGCUGAAACUCUGAUCGAGGAUGCCGAAGGAUGUAUACAAGUGGAUUUUGCUAACAAAUUCAUCGGAGGCGGAGUGUUGCGUCGCGGUGCGGUUCAGGAGGAGAUCAGAUUUGUUAGUAACCCUGAACUGAUCGCGUCUCUGUUGUUCACCGAAGUCAUGGAGCCGACCGAGACUGUCUGCAUCAUAGGUAGUGAACGCUUCAGUACGCAUACGGGUUACAGUAUGAGCUUCAAAUGGUCGGGAAGCUAUAAAGACGAAACCCCGCGCGAUUCCCCCAACAGACGGCGUUGUGCUGUGUUGGCUAUGGACGCUCGGAGGUUUCCUAGACCAGAGGAACAGUACACCAAGGAAAUGGUUGACAGGGAACUUAACAAGGCAUAUGUCGGUUUUUCAUUCUACAGUAGGCAAGAAGGCAUGAAUUACCCCGGGGUAGCGACGGGUAAUUGGGGUUGUGGGGCUUUCGGGGGUAAUGCGCGAUUGAAAUCGUUACUGCAACUGAUGUCGUGUGUCGUCGCAGCCAGGCCGAUAAGUUACUACACCUUCGGAGAUGAGGAGUUGAGGGUCGAUAUUGUCAGGGUUUAUAACAUGUUGGUGGAAAAUAACGUUACUGUGGGUGAUCUGUAUAAAUAUAUUCUUCAAUUUUGUGAAUCCGAUGUUGAAAGAACUACCUUGUAUGGAUAUUUAGAGGACAGAAUACAAAACAGAUGAUAUUUAUCGUGUACGACGCUAUGUAAGUUUUACAUAAAUUGUUAUGUAGAAAGAAAGUUAAAAUAAAACACAUACCUAAUAUAAUUAAAAUUAUUUAUUAUCCUUCCUCAUAUUUCUAGCAUACUAAACGUAAUAAGUGUAUAAUAAUAAAUAAUUGAAUAGUAAUUUAGUUUUGAAAUAUUUCAGCCAUAUACAUAUUAACUUCAUAAUAGGUAUUAACUAAAUUAGACAUGCAAAGUAGGCAAAUCAUUAUUG